AUCCUGUCUCGAUGAUGCUUUUAGACGAUGAUAUAUCUCGUCAUCUAACCGGACCGCAAGACUAAGCCUCGCCUCCCUAAAUGGCGGGCAGCGAUUGGUCAGGACUACUGCCGGCACUCCGCAGGAUUGGUAGCUGAGGGAGACGGUCGAAGAGGGUCGAGGGACUGCUGGCCGGCGGGGACUCAGCGGCUCCGGGAGAGUCCGAGCCAAGGAAUAAGUCCUGUAGAGGUCUGACGAGCAGGUUAAAAGAAUAUGUUUAAAAUGACAACUGUGAAGCAUAUGUCAUGAACUGGUGUUCCCAGGUCUUUAUAUUUUGUUAUUUCCUCCAGUUCUUUCUCUUCUCUUUUGCUGUCUCCAGGCUGACUAUGGAGCUUCUACCUCCUAGCAAGCUGAGGUUGUCAAAUUACAAAUUACUGAAGGCUUAACGUUAUUCUAUAUGAUCUGCUGGAUUAAGCAUCUAUUUAGAGUGAUAUUUAUGCAAGUUGGGUUAACAAUGGAAUCAUUGCUUUGGUCAAAUAAAACUUAUGGCCCAAACAGAAGUAUUGUAAGAAAAAUCGGCUCAAACCUUUCUCUGAUACAAUGUCCAAGGGUUCAAUUUCAGCUUACUUCUCAGCCUGCAGAAAGCACUCAAUCUAACCAACUAAAAGAAGAUGCGGUAGUCUCCCUUGUAGAUGUAGGGUGGGUUGCUGAAGAAGAUAAUGAAGGCGACAAAGUUUUUACACGGUUCAGAUCAGAAGACUGGUCAAAAUCCCAACCAUUCCUUAAAAAUGAAGGCUCCGCAGGAAGAGACUCAAGUACCGAAGAAUUGUUGCCCAAGAAAUCACAAGAAAUGGAAGACUCCAAAACUGCAGUAGCCAAAAAUGACGAAGCAUUGCAGAAAAUAAAUGCAUUGGAAAAUGAGCUUGCUAAUUUAAGAGCACAAAUAGCCAAAAUUGUAAGCCUACAAGAACAAAAUUUAGCAGCAGCUGGAAUAGGUUCUUCUGCAUCCCUUUCUGUCCUACCGCCGCCGCCGCCACCACCGCUGCCGCCACCCCUGCCUCCACCACCGCCACUUCAGCAGAGUGUUUCUGCCAUUGACCUUAUUAAAGAGCGCAAAGGCAAAAGAAUAAAUUCUGGCACGACUCUGAAAGAUGCUGAUCCAAAGAAGCUUGAAAUGCCAAAUAUGCUAGAUAUUCUGAAAGACAUGAACAAUGUAAAGCUGCGCUCAGUGAAAAGGCCGGAGGAAAGCACAAUAAGGAAAACUGCUGAUCCAACAGAUCCUGCUGCAGUAAUAGCUGAAGCUCUUAAAAAGAAAUUUGCAUAUCGAUACCGUAGUGACAGCUCAAGUGAAAGUGAUAAACAGAUUUCAACUUCUGAAACAAAUCUGUUUGGGCCACACCUGCUGAAACCUACAGGAAAAAUGAAGAAUCUAAUUGAAAAUUGUUAAGUAGAAAAAUCAUGCUUCAGUAUAAAAGGACUGUCUCAACUGUUUUGAGAAUUAGAUUUAUAAUUUUACAAUACUGAGUUAUGUGCCUUGCUUCCAUGAACAAGUUUUAAAACGAAAAUUCUACCGUGUUCUAACACAGGUUUUAGUAUUUAUGUACAUGCUGCAUUGGGCUAACACUAAGUUAUAAAUGUUACUCUUAAACUUAUGUGAAUGCAAUUAUAGUUUAAAUUAUAGCUUUGAUGUAAUAUUUGGAAUAUAAUAGAUUAUAUUUAGCCUGUAUUGACAUCUCAUUUUGAACUUGAAGUACAGACUUCACUGGAACCUCUUUUCUUUCUAUAGGGUGAAGGUGACAAGACUUAAGAAUUUUAUUAUUCAGCAAAAUUGGCUAAAUUUAAAGCAAAUGCUGAAUUGGAGGUAUAUUUAUAUGGGAGAAACUAGUCAAAGCUUGAUCAUAUUUUUAGAUAGGAUGAAAGAUUAUAAUUGCAACUUCAUUCUAGUGAAGUCACAGCUACUAUGAAACUUAGCAUUCUUGACCUCCUUCAUAGUCCUUCAGACCUGCUUACUCACAAGUUCCUGUUGAACUGAACUGCAGAUAAUAACUGCCAAAUAAGUCAGAAAAUAAUUUGAGAUUGGGGGAAAAAACAAAUUGAAGACCAGCUUUCCUGCUGAGUAAAAUAUUUUACUUCUUGAACAGAAUAUUUUGUCAGUAUUUUGUCAUCAGUAUUUGUAAACUGCUGAAUUGAUUUGGUGUGACAAGGAAAAGUGGUUUAUCUACGAAUGAGAUAAGAGCAAGUUUAAGUUAAAUGUCAUGAAAUGCUUAAAAGCUUUCACUUUGAAAUUUGUUCAAAUAUGAAAAUGUUUUUAAUUUGAUCAUGUAAAAUUGCUCCCAGAUACUUCAAUGUUUAUUAUCAAAUAGUUACACCAGUACUUUUAAAGUUUUUUAAAAGUGUUCAAAAUUAAAAAAUAGUAUAAUAUA